AUGGGUGAAAAUUGUUACACUAUCGUCGUUAAAUUGGGAACCAGUUCCGUGGUAGAUGAAGAAACCAGGGAACCAAGAAUCGCAACUAUGUCUCGUAUUGUCGAGACCCUUGUUAAGCUGCGAAGGAAGGGCCAUCGAAUUGUCAUCGUCUCCUCAGGUGCCAUCGCUGUGGGCAUGAAGAGAGUCAACAUGAAGCGGAAACCAAAAAAGUUACAGCAAGUGCAGGCAUUGGCUGCUAUAGGACAAGGCCGUUUGAUAGGACUUUGGGACGACCUUUUCCGUCAGUUGAAUCAGCCUAUUGCGCAGAUUUUACUGACUAGAACGGAUUUGGUCGAUUACACCCAGUUUAAGAACGCUGAAAAUACAUUGGAACAGCUUAUUAAAAUGGGUAUUAUUCCUAUUGUCAAUGAGAAUGACACCCUAUCCAUUCAAGAAAUCAAAUUUGGUGACAAUGACACCUUAUCCGCCAUAACAGCUGGUAUGUGUCAUGCAGACUACCUGUUUUUGGUGACUGAUGUGGACUGUCUUUACACGGAUAACCCUCGUACGAAUCCGGACGCUGAGCCAAUCGUGUUAGUUAGAAAUAUGAGGAAUCUAAACGUCAAUACCGAAAGUGGAGGUUCCGCCGUAGGAACAGGAGGAAUGACAACUAAAUUGAUCGCAGCUGAUUUGGGUGUAUCUGCAGGUGUUACAACGAUUAUUUGCAAAAGUGAACAUCCCGAGCAGAUUUUGGACAUUGUAGAGUACAGUAUCCGUGCUGAUAGAGUCGAAAAUGAGGCUAAAUAUCUGGUCAUCAACGAAGAGGAAACUGUGGAACAAUUUCAAGAGAUCAAUCGGUCAGAACUGAGGGAGUUGAACAAGCUGGACAUUCCUUUGCAUACACGUUUCGUUGGCCACAGUUUUAAUGCUGUUAAUAACAAAGAGUUUUGGUUACUCCAUGGACUAAAGGCCAACGGAGCCAUUAUCAUUGAUCCAGGUUGUUAUAAGGCUAUCACUAGAAAAAACAAAGCUGGUAUUCUUCCAGCUGGAAUUAUUUCCGUAGAGGGUAAUUUCCAUGAAUACGAGUGUGUUGAUGUUAAGGUAGGACUAAGAGAUCCAGAUGACCCACAUUCACUAGACCCCAAUGAAGAACUUUACGUCGUUGGCCGUGCCCGUUGUAAUUACCCCAGCAAUCAAAUCAACAAAAUUAAGGGUCUACAAAGCUCGCAGAUCGAGCAGGUUCUAGGUUACGCUGACGGUGAGUAUGUUGUUCACAGGGACAACUUGGCUUUCCCAGUAUUUGCCGAUCCAGAACUGUUGGAUGUUGUUGAGAGUACCCUGUCUGAACAGGAGAGAGAAUCCAAACCAAAUAAAUAG